AGCUACUGGUGUUUGUUUGGAAUAAACACUGUCACAGCAAAAUCAACUGACAGGGUUAUAAUCACAGCCAAUGAGUUUGAUGCUAUGGCUGUAUUUCAAGAGCUGAGGCAGCCAGUACUGUCUCUUCCAUGGGGCAAUGAUACUCUGCCACUGGAGGUUUUGCCAUUCCUUGAGCAGUUUGACCAUAUAGUGCUGUGGUUUGGGAAUGAUAUCACUGGAUUCAAUGCUGCCAGACAACUGUCUAAGAAACUGGGUUACGAGAGGUGCUCGUUAUUUAGACCUCUGACUCCAGUCCCGACACCCAUGGAUGCUUUGAGACAGGGCAAGAGCUUGUCACGAAUCUUAAAAUUUGCCACACGUGCUGGUCAUCAGUAUAUACAGCACUUUAAGGAUUUGAGAUUUGAGGUCCAGUCAGAGCUCUCUCUUGUGGAGCAAGUCAAGGGAAUUCAGUUUAAAAGAUUCCCACUGUUAAACAAGCUAUUGAAGGGACACAGAAGGGGGGAAUUGACCAUAGUUACUGGGCCCACUGGUUCUGGAAAAACCACCUUCAUCAGCGAGCUGUCCCUGGACCUCUGCAUACAGGGUGUGAACACUCUAUGGGGAAGUUUUGAAAUCAAGAAUGUACGUUUGAUGAAAACAAUGCUGAUCCAGUUUGCAAGAAAAAACCUAGCCACUCACUUUGCAGAAUUUGAUAAAUAUGCUGACCAGUUUGAACAACUGCCAAUGCAUUUUAUGGCAUUCCAUGGCCAGGAGAGUUUAAAAAGAGUUAUAGAUACCAUGGACCACGCUGUGUACGUCCAUGACAUCUCCCACAUUAUAGUGGACAACCUGCAGUUUAUGAUGGGAAUGGGACAACUGGGGGACAGGAACCGCAAUUUUGAUAGGUUAACUCAACAGGAUGAGGUGGUGGCUGCCUUUCGCCAGUUUGCAACUUCCAAAAACUGCCACGUGACCUUGGUCAUUCAUCCGAGAAAGGAACCAAAUGGAGAAGCCCUUCACAUUGGGUCCAUCUUUGGCAGUGCUAAGGCAAGUCAAGAGGCAGACAACAUACUGCUGCUCCAGCUAGUAGAAAAUAUGAAAGUCACGACACAACCAAAAAAGUAUAUACAGGUGGCGAAAAAUCGCUUUGAUGGUGAUUUGGGCAGCAUGCUUCUGAAGUUUGACAAAGACUCCCUUAGUUUUGGGUCAAAACCAUCUACAAGCAAACCAUCUACAGAGGAAAAUAUACAGGAAACUAUACAACCUAACAAUCAAUUACACAGUGAACAUUCUGAAGAAGCAUCUGAUGAGGAACUUUAAUUCCCAGAGUAGCAUCACCUGUGACAUAUCAUAAACACAAAGGACUCCACACAACAAACAAAAUGCUGACAUUUCAAUGACAAUUUUAAAGGUACAGUGGUAACCAUAAUGGUUCCUUCAGAAUAAUAGAUUAACUCCAGAUUUAUUAACUCCACAAAAUUUCAACAUCUCGCAAGAUCCCUUCUGUAGCCUGUUUUUAUUUUUUUAAAUAUAUCACUAUUAUUGUAACUUUGAUGAACUGCCUUACUUCCUUUAAUGAAAUGGUAAGGAGGGCACUAAGUGGAUACUAAGAAGAGAGUCCAAGUCCUAAUAGUGUAAAAUAGACUAUAGCAUUUCUUCCCGGUCAAGUACAAUUUUGCUUUAACGUAAGGUUAUUUUAUGGUCAGAAAAGCAAGGUGAUCAAAACUGUGAUAGGAAUAAACUUGUAUUGCAUAGUUCUUUUAGUCUGUUUAGAUUAGAGGUAAAAGACCAUACAUGCCAAGGUGGUGUUUCAAAGAUUAUGAAAGGCUAUUUAACAGAUUUACUUUUCUGGUGUCCUGCUUUAAACUGUAUUAUUUUAUACAAUGGCAUGGAAUUUUAAUGUGAUUUAAGUGCAACAGUCACAGCAGUGUUUGAUACUUUUGAGUGCAAGUUUUCAACAAUUUUGUUACAUUCACUGUACUUCUGACAUUUUAAUUGCAAGAAUCUUUCUGUGGCAGUUUUUAAAAUUAUAAUCUCUUCAAAUUAUUAAUAUAAUAAUGACUUUUUCAACAACCAGCCAUGUGUCAUGGUAAAAGACUCUUAAAAUUGAACUCUUACUCAGAUUCAAUUGUUGUACCUCAUUAAUUAUUUAUCAAACAAUGUUAAAUUUUUCCCCGAUGCAUUUAUUUAAACUCUGUUACAUUUCCAUCUCAGGAUCAUAUGCAUUUUAAACUCUGAGCCCGCACCUCUAGAAGUGAAAUAUCUACGUCUAUAUAAUAGUAAAUUGUUAACUUAUUAUCAUAAAAAUAAAUAAGGAAGCAAA